UCACUGUCUUCCUCGAGCAAUUCGUUCGUCUCGUUCGGUCCCCAUCCUCUUUUUCCGCAACCCAUUCCCUACCAGCCAUGAAAGUCGCCAACAAGCUCUUCUUCAUCUUCGGCGGAGCAUCCGGUCUGGGUGAAGCCACGGCCCGCCUCCUGCAUUCCCAAGGUGCCUACGUUGCUAUUCUCGACCUCAACGAGGACCUAGCUCAGUCGGUCGCCUCCUCCCUCAAUACCAAUCAAGAAGCCACAAAGAUGUCUUCUGGAAUGGGACCGACAGAGAGAGCCUUGCAUGCAGCGGUGGACAUCUGUGAUACCGAGAGCAUAGAGGCGGCUUUUGCGCUGUGUGAUGAAAAGUGGAAGGACGUAGAGGUCGGCGGAGCAGUGGUGGCUUCCGGAAUCGGCAUGGUGGGCAAGACGUUGGAGAGGGACGGCUCACCACACAAUCUCGACGUAUUUGAGCAAGUCAUCAAGAUCAACCUCACAGGAAACUUCAAUGCAUGCAGAAUGGUUGCUGCUCGGUUGGUUAGGGAUGUGCCUAAGCCGAUCCCAGCACCGACCGAGGAGACGCCUUGCAGGGGAGUCAUUGUGACUGUCGCUUCGCAGGCCGGACUGGAAGGACAGGCAGGUCAAGUAGCGUACGCCACGAGUAAAGGAGCCAUUGUCAGCAUGACAUUACCAAUGGCCAGAGAUCUAGCCUGGUACUCCAUCCGGACCUGCUCCAUCUGUCCCUCCAUCUUCGAGACGCCCAUGUCCGUGCAAAUGCCCCAACGCGCCCGCAAGAAGACGCUCGCCACCACCGAAUACCCUGCUAGAUUUGGUAGGCCAGAUGAGUUUGCGCAUGCGGCUGUGAGCAUCAUCGAGAAUGACAUGAUGAAUGGGAUGAAUCUGAGAUUGGAUGGAGCUACGAGGCUGGCGAAGCUCUAAGUGAGACAGGAAGAAGCGGGUGGCUCUCCCGACGUGUCUUUUCGAGCCCUGCUUUAAGCAACCCCUCGAAUGUAUAUUACGCCAUGACAAGCUCAUCACGACUGUUGUGAAGGUCAGAACCUCAGAGCUGUAUAUACAUUAUUCC